CGGGCUGCAGUGCACGUGUGUACACUUGGUGGGAUAUUAUUUGCAUAUUUAUACAUCUCCUGAGUGCGGGAUGAAGGCUGCACUGCGAGCUGCGGCAGCUAUAACGGGUGCUGGUGCCCUCAUAUAUGUCCUCUUGCGGUCCAGAAAACGCCAGCGGGAUCCAGGGAAGCAUGAUGAUUUUGCCACAUUCUCUUCAGAAAAUAUCACUGGAACCUGUUCAGAUGUGAAACAAACUCUUCUUGCAGAGGAACUAGAUACAUUAGGCAAUGAUGUAUCCAAAGAAUCUAAAGAUUUUGUGGAUAAAAGUGACAAUUGCCCUUAUGAAAAUUUUAACGGGCAUGUGCUGAUAAAUGGCAGCAAUUCUGAAAUAAUUGUAGAAAAUUAUCUCAGUGGUGAUGGGGAUGCAGUCAGUGUUACAAAAAGGGAAAAUAUUUUGGCUGAGGAAAAUAACGAUGUGUGUGGUGACAAUAUUAACACACAAGAAAAGGAGCAGUCCACACCCUCCACUUCUAACAAGUAUGGAGAUACAAGUGAACCCAGUAUUAAUUUUGUUGACAAGGUUGAUGCAGAAGAUGACGUGUUGGAAUUUUCUAAUGAGUCAAGCUGUUCAACUGGCAAGACAGAUGUCUUAUCACACAUGGAAGAAACACACAGUACUUUUGAUGACCAAGUGAGAGUUAGUAAUGAGGAAUCAGCAGAGUGUGUGAAUGUUAUAUCAACAGAAUCUCGUGAUGUUAGUAAGGAUGAUGGAUCUAGUUUACGAUGUGUUGCACCAGUUUCAAAAGAAAACAAAAAUGCUCACCUGAGCACCAACUUUCAGGAUAAAAUCUUCACUGCCUCGACAAGUUCAGAAAUUUCAAGUCCUAGGGCAGUACUGACAGGGAUGCAUGAAAUGACCGAUUCAACAAGUGAAAUUACAGAAGCUGAGAGGCCUUCCACAACAGUCCUAUUGCAGGAGAAAGAAGUAUCAUCACCCUCUGUGUCAGAGAAUGAAUGUCUUGUUGCAGCAUGGGCUGACAAAGAAACUGAGCAUAUAAAAGAUUCGAGUGUAUUCACUUUGUCUUCAGAAAAGCCUCUUGAAUCCAUCUCAGUUAGGAGUGAAGAAUCUGUUGCUGUUUCAUCAUACACACCACAAGAACAAGAGUCUUUAGUUUCAACUUGUUUGGAAGGGGACAAGAAAUCUGAUGUUUUACUCAGCCAUGAUACAUCUACCCUAAACCUUAGCCAUGAAUCAUCUACUUCACCAAGCUCAAAUCAUGACAAAGAAUCUACAGUUUCCCCUUGCACAGCUCAAGUAGAAUCUUCAGGCUCAUCUUCUCUGGCUCCGGAUGAAGAAUCCACUGAAGUACAAUCUACUUUUUCAUCCAAUUUAGGCCUGGAAGAAGGCUCGGCUUGUUCAUCCAUGAUGGUUGUUGAAGAUCAGGGUACUCUCUCAUCCUGCUUAGAUAAUGAAAAACAGUCUAGUCUCUCACUUAGUUUGAACCAGGAAGGAGCAUCUACUCUUUUGACCAAUUUGAACCAAGUCGAACAGAUAGGUUUGUCCUCCAGUGUGGCCUGUGGAGAGCAAGUUAUACUCUCAAAGAGCUUGAACCUUGAUGAACACCUUACUCUUUCAUCAAGUUUGAACCAGGAAAAGGGAUGUUCUGUAUCAUCAAGCUUGAACCAGGAAGAAGGAUGUACCUUGUCAUCAAGCUUAGCCCAGGAUUGUACUCUGUCAUCUAGCAUAGCCCAGGAAGAAGGAUGUACUCUGUCAUCUAGCUUAGCCCAGGAAGAAGGAUGUACUCUGUCAUCUAGCUUAGCCCAAGAAGAAGAAGGAUGUACUCUGUCAUCCAGCUUAGCCCAGGAAGAAGGAUGUACUCUGUCAUCCAGCUUAGCCCAGGAAGAAGGAUGUACUCUGUCAUCCAGCUUAGCCCAAGAAGAAGAAGGAUGUACUCUGUCAUCCAGCUUAGCCCAGGAAGAAGGAUGUACUCUGUCAUCUAGCUUAAUCCAGGAUUGUACUCUGUCAUCUAGCAUAGCCCAGGAAGAAGGAUGUACUCUGUCAUCUAGCUUAGCCCAGGAAGAAGGAUGUACUCUGUCAUCUAGCUUAGCCCAAGAAGAAGAAGGAUGUACUCUGUCAUCCAGCUUAGCCCAGGAAGAAGAUUGUACUCUGUCAUCCAGCUUAGCCCAGGAAGAAGGAUGUACUCUGUCAUCUAGCUUAGCCCAGGAUUGUACUCUGCCAUCCAACUUAGCCCAGGAAGAAGGAUGUACUCUGUCAUCCAGCUUAGCUCAGGAAGAAGGAUGUACUCUGUCAUCCCGCUUAGCCCAGGAAGAAGGAUGUACUCUGUCAUCCAGCUUAGCCCAGGAAGAAGGAUGUACUCUGUCAUCCAGCUUAGCCCAGGAAGAAGGAUGUACUCUGUCAUCCAGCUUAGCCCAGGAAGAAGGAUGUACGCUGUCAUCCAGCUUAGCCCAGGAAGAAGGAUGUACUCUGUCAUCCAGCUCAGCCCAGGAAGAAGGAUGUACUCUGUCAUCCAGCUUAGCCCAGGAAGAAGCAUGUACUCUGUCAUCCAGCUUAGCCCAGGAAGAAGGAGGUACUCUUUCAACAAGCUUAAAUCAAGAAAAUUGUACUCUGUCACCCAGCUUAGCCCAGGAAGGAGGAGGUACUCUUUCUACCAGUUUAGCCCAGGAAGAAGAUUCUACAAUAUCAUCGAGCUCAGCCCCUGAAGAGCAGCCUACUCUCUCAAUCAGUUUAGACCAUGAUCAGGAAUCAAAAGCCUUACUUUGUGAAUCACAAACAUUAGAGUCAAAGGAUAAAGUACCAGUACAAGAAGGAAAACAAAGUAUGAUGAGUCAGGAAAGCCCUAAGGAAAAGUGUACAGAAUUAGCUGAUGCGGAGAAGAAAGAUGGCAGAGCAGCUUCAACAAAAUGUGAAGAGACGACGAGUGAGAUUGGUCCAUCACAGUUCCUGGCUAAAGAGACCGUAGAUGUUGGAAUGGCAGUUGAGCAGAACAACUAUAAACAAGUAGUAAUACAGAAAACAGCAGACAGAGAACAAAAUGUUAACACAGGAACUAGCAUGUCAAAAGGAGACAGCAACAUAGGAACUAGCAAGCUAAAUGAAAGUAACAAUAUUAGUAAGUUAAGAGAAAGUGUCAGUACAGGAAAAAAUACAUUGGGAGAAAGUAGCAACACACCAAAGAAAGCAGAUGGGAGUGACAAAGGCACCAGCAGGAAAGAACAAUUCCAGAUUAACCGUGGAGACUCUGCAGCUACUGACCUUGAUCAUGAUCCUAUUUCUGAACAGGAGAAUCUCAACUCUGACUCCUUAAGCUUGAAAUCUGUGGAUAGUGGACAGGGCAGCAGUGAGAUAGAGCCCGAGACACUGUUUAACCCAUCAACAUUUCCAGCCUCUAGUCAGGAGCAGUACAUUUUCUAUGAGUUUGAAAUUCCUCAGACAUUGGUGGGACGUUUGAUUGGGAAGAAAGGUGCCUUUGUAAACAAAAUCAAGGCUACCACAGAUGCAACAGUUAUUGUUUAUCCACACAGAGACAGAAGAUUGAAGUUGUGUUCUGUGGAAGGUUCAAAGCAGCAAGUUAGAGCUGCAUUAGAUAUGAUUCGUGACCACUUCCCACACAACCGAUACCCAGAUGUAAGUCUGGAACAGGUGUCUACACAGCAGCCAAUGAUGACUCCGUCUCACCCAACUCUGAACACCCAGGCCAUGCAGAUUGAGUUGACUGCUGGUGUAGUGGUGGAAGUGCGUGUGAGUGCAGUAGUGAGUGGAUGGGAGUUGUGGGUGCAGCAGCCUCUCCACCCAUCAUACUCUGCUCUCCAUCGCCUCCAGUCUUGCAUGAACCUUAAUUAUGGCGAUGGAUCCAACACUCCACCUCUUCCCUUACCUGUUCAAGAUGGGACAGUAUGUGUGGCACAGAUUCAAGGACAGUGGAUGAGAUGCCAGGCACUUAGUACAGUGGAUGAUGUCACCCUGGUUGUGUUGCUAGACUUGGGAGGGACAACAUCUCUUCAGACGUCAUCACUUAGACAGAUCCGCUACGAUUACAUGUCGCUCCCUUUCCAGGCAGCCCAGUGUUUCUUGCAUGGGGUACAACCAGUGAAAGAUGACACAUGGGAUGAUACAUCUGCAGCAGUAAUGGAAGAACUUGUGAGCAACACCAUUCUCUUUGCUACUGUUGUAUCCUACACUGAAGAUGGUGUCCCUCUAGUCAAUCUCUACCGGCGAGACAAUGAUCAGUAUGUACACCUGAAUGAAAAACUGGUAUUGUUGGGCCAUGCACGAUGGAUGUCUUAAUAGCUCUCAGGCUGAACCACAACAAAUUACACAUCUCACUGGCUGUAGUAGUUACCAAACCAGCGAAUUGCUGAUUUUUACCUGUAAGAUAAUGCCAGUGACUGUGGACUUUCUUCUUAGACAACUUUUUUAUAUGGUUGUGUAUAUGAGCCUUGAAACUUUUUUUUUUAGGGCGUGUAUAUUUACAUGUGCUGUUCACCCAGGACUGAGUAUAUUUCGCUGCAUAGAAAAUGGAGCAAAUCACAAGAAAAUGUUAAAAUACAUGUAGAAUGCACCCUAAUUGA